GAGAGAGAGAGAGAGAGAUGGAAUGGAGGAAAUGUUAUUUGGAUGUGAUCCUUGUACCAUUAGGUUUUCUCUUAACCAUUUCCUAUCAUCUUUAUCUAUGGCAUAAGGUUCGGACACAGCCUUUCACAACUACAAUCGGAAGAAAUGCACACGGAAGACGUUUCUGGGUCGGGGCCAUGAUGAAGGACAUUGAUAGGAAGAAUAUUGUGGCAGUUCAAACCCUCCGGAACUUGAUCAUGGGUUCAACCCUGAUGGCUACUACAUCAAUCCUGGUCAGUGCUGGUCUAGGAGCAGUAAUAAGCAGCACAUACAGUGUGAAAAAACCUGUCAAUGACACCAUUUAUGGGGCACAUGGGGAAUUUAUGGUGGCACUAAAAUAUGUAGCACUCCUUACAGUUUUUCUUUUCUCAUUCUUCUGCCACUCCCUAUCGAUUAGAUUCUUAAAUCAAGUGUGCAUCCUCAUUUGUGUCCCACAAGACCCUAUGUGCAUGGUUACUGCAGACUAUUUGACUGAGCUUUUAGAGAAGGGUUCUCUUUUAAACACUAUUGGCAAUAGGCUAUUCUAUGCAGCAAUUCCUCUUCUACUUUGGAUUUUUGGGCCUGUCCUAGUUUUCUUAUGCUUUGCUUCAAUGGUGCCUGUGUUCUACAACCUUGACUUUAUUAUGUGUAACUAUGGGCAGGGAAAGGUGGAGGAGAAUGGAAAUAAGGAGUUUGUUUGAUUGAUUGAUCAG